AUGUCCCAGUUGGUAGCUCCGCAGCUUAUUCAGCGUAAUGUCAAUAGCAAGUCUGAAAUACAAAAUAUAGGCAAUUCUGAUCUUAAAUCGCAAGGCCAUGUCAGAUCUGAACAGGCCGCCAUGUCAAGGCAGCUGAAAAAAGAGCUUAUGCAACAGCAGGUAAACCGCCAACACAAGAUUAUUUCGGAUGAUCUGAUCGCGUUAUUAUGCAAGCCUCAAGACCCCACUCAAAAGUCUAUAGUCAUGGCUGGUGAGGGAGAACUAUGGGAAGAUCAAGGCGACAUUGAGCUUGAAAAUGAUGCAGUCGUGGAGCUUGAGUACGACGAUGCCGAUAUUCAGGUCAUGGCUACAAAUGCAACAGACGAUCCUCUUUUGCAAGCUCAUACAGAGAUGUCGCAGUAUAGUAGACACAAGCACAUUUUUUCAGAAAAUUCUGAACCGCCUAAACGCUACCUUCGAGCAACAAAAUAUAUUUUUUCAACAGCUGCACCAGAACCAGCAUCUGAAUCCUUAAAACUAUACCGUUUAAAUGAAAAGCCAAUCCCGCAUAUUUCCAAUCUAGUGACACAAUCAGCUACAUCUAAACUAUCCGACUACAUUUCCAUAGCAGAAAAAUCGAGUAUUCGUUCAUUCGAUUCUAGGUUUUCCACUAGAGUUCCUAAAGACUUUAUUUCUCUUUCAGCAGAGCACACAACCGGGAUCGGAGAAUUAAAUAACGAGUCGGAAAACAAAGUUCUUGGUGUGCUUGAUGAGAAGCUCACACGUUACAAAGAAGUCGAGGAGCUGUAUGAUGAGAUCAUGAAAAGUGUCAGAGGAAGCCAUCUAGAAACAUAUGAAGAUGAGGAUCAGGUAUUUGCAUGCCCAACUGCCCCACUUGACAGCCAAAUUCCUUUGACGGAUGCAUUUCUUGGAGUAAAGGCAGUGUAUCGGUCUAAAAAAAUAAAGCAGUGGCAAAAUAAACCCACUGAGCGAAUAGAAAUGACACGCUCGACAAGUGCAGCACUUCGGAACAAAUCAUCAUCUGCACACACACUGCGACCAAGGCGACAAAGUGCUCAUGUUCAAGCAGAUGAGUUUUCAGUAGAUCGAAAUGCAGCCAUGAAGAAAAUCCAGUCGUCCAAACACAGCAUGCGAUACAACUAUGGUGGAUAUAUUCCGAAACAUCUUGAAGAGGUUAGCAAGAAACCAAAAGAAGAGUUUUGUGCUACCGAUUAUGCCGAUUAUUUAAAGCAUCGAGUGUGUGAUUUCCUCCCCAAUAUUAUAUUCCAAGAAAUGGAUGACGAAUCGGUCACUUUUGAGCAAGAAAGCGCCAGCGCGGUUUUUGCAGAAGACCAUCAAAAAGCCUUGAAAAAAAAGCACCAGGAACAGGCAGAGCGACUUAAAAAGCUUUUCGCCUAUGAUAAAAAUUAUUGGAAUGCUGGCACGAUUGACUAUCUAAGCGAGAUUGAAAACCAAAAAGAUGCAGAAAGUGAUGCAUGGCAAGAGAUUGAGUCGUCCAACAAUCGUAACACAAACGAAGUAGACAGUUCAGUGCUGGAAACAGAACCAGACUUGAAACAUUUGAAUGAAAGCAAAGAGAAUUUUGCCAACAGUUCAACUACUACUUCAGAACCAAAUAUAGAAGUUUUUGCCCAGCCCAAAACGAAUUUGCUUGAUACAAACUCUGCAAAGCUAAUUUAUGGAACACACUUAAUUUCAAACCCCAAAGCCAAUAUUCAAGAUCCACAAGCUGAAUUGGAGCUAAUCUGGGUUACUCUGAAAAUACCACUUGAUCAAAAGCUUGAUAUGGCUAUCAAAUACGGAAGUCACAAAUUCACAAAGUUUGCCACGGCUAUUAAGCUGUGGAAGACAGCAUCCGAGUACAUCAUUCAUCGAGAGGGUAUUUUACGUCAAAUCGAGUCAUUUGAAAUGACGGCAUCUGAUCCUUCCCGUUUUUUUGGUAAAGGAUACACAGGAUCAUCUGCUGCACGGCUCAAAGAAGCAGAGGUUCGAGAAGAACUUAUGCGCCGACUUCACUCUCUUGAAACAAAAAUCACAAAUAUUGCCAGUCAUAUCAAAUACGAGCUUCGCGAAACAUUAACAUAUGACGGUGUCCCAUAUUUGGAAAAAAUAAAGACCGAUUAUAGCGAGAUUAUCAAGCGAUGCUCGAUUCUUCGUACAGAGACUAGGCAAAGCUCAUGA